AUGGCUGCCAGCUCUGAGGGCCGGCGAGGCGCAUGGACGCAGGAGCUGUGCUGCAGCGGCGCCGUCACCGUGCUGCCCAUGUGGUGCAACCAGCUGGCCCCCGGGCUGCUCAAGUCUCCCUUCACGGAGUGGGAGCAGGCUGUGAUAGUUCGGGCACAAGACGUAUUCACCAACCGGUGGGCAGCCAUCGCGAAGCUGCUGCCCGGCCGCACCGACAACGCGAUCAAAAACCACUGGAACGCCACGCUCAACCGCAAGCUCAGCAGCGCAACGGAGCGCCUCGACAACCGAUACCUGGAAGACGGCGCCACCCUCGACUGGCUGCUCGCAAACAGGGGUACCGCCGCGGGCGGCAGCUGCGCGCCAACUUCCAGCCGGGACAGCGGGGGCUCUGAGGGUUCCAGGUUCAGCGCUGGCCGCGUCGGGGGCCGCGGCAGCCAGGCUGUGAGCAGCGGGGGCGUCACCAAAAGUACGCGCCGCGCCGUCGCCGUGCGCACGGCGCGGGCGGCCCGCCGUGCGCCCGUCGCCGCAGGGGUGGCGGACUCGCCGGCGGAGCCGCCGGCGCCGCCGCCGCCAAGCGAGGCGCGGCAGCAGCGGGCGGCUGGGGAGCACCUUGAAAAGCAGCAGCAGCAGCAGCAGCAGCAGCAGCAGCAGCAGCAGCAGCAGCAACAGCAGCAGCAGCAGGAGCAAGAGGCGAAACCAUGCAGCGUUGCCGACGCGCUGAUCACCAACGACAUACCCACGUGCAUCUCACCGCAAACGAACAGCGCAAGCCACCUCUCCUGGCCCCUCCCGGCCGACGGCUCCGCCGCCGCCGCGCCCGCGCCCGAUGCUUUGGGCCGCCGCGACAGCGCGGCGUCCUCGUGCCCCAACAGCCAAGCCAGCGCGCACCUGUCCGCCUGCUUUGGCUGCGCCGCCGCCGGCGUCGACGCCACCACCGCCGGUGCCACGACGCCCGUGGUGUCUGCACAGGUCGUCCCGGCCCCGCCGUCGGGUGCCUCGUUCCCCUCCUCCGCCGCCUUGCCGCCCGCGGCGACCGUGCCGCCGCCGCUGCCGCCGCCGCCGCCGUCCGCGGCGCGGGAAGGCGUGCUGCGCGCGCUCAAGGAGCAGCGGCGGUUGCUGGACGCCCGCCAGGCGGCGCUGCGGCGGCAGGCGGAGGAGCUGCAGGCGCUGCAGCAGCGCCAGCGCGAGGAGUGGCGCGCGCUGGGCCUCGAGAUUUGCAUGCGGCGCGAGGCCGCCGCGCGGGCGCUGCUCCCGAACGGGCCGCCGCACCCGCAACCGCCCGGCGCGCCCAGCGCACCCGGGCCCGCGGCAGCGCCGGCGGCGCCGUGGGGUGCGCGGCUCGGGCCGCUGACGCCGCAUGACGUCAUGAUGCUACUGCAGCAGCAGGAGCAGCGCGAGCAAAGCCAGCUGACAGGCGUGCUCCUGCAUCAGAGCGCCUUGCACCCUCAGCACCACAUGCAGCAGCACGGCAGCUGCGCGGCCCCCGGGCCCGCCUGGGCGCCGGCCCUUCCUGGCGUCUUCGACGACGGCAUCAUCAGCGGCGGCGGCGCGCCCAUCACCCCCGCGGCCCACGAGCACCCCUUUGGCACGGGGCCGCCCCUCUCUGCCGCGUGUGUUUCCCCCUCUGUGUCCCCCGGCGACGCCGCGUCAGCGUCGUCAUCAGCGAUCCUGCUUUCGGAGGAUGACGAGGAGGGGCUGCUGGGCAGCUGCAUGGGGCUGGGCCUGCUUACUGGGGCGGACGACCUGGCGGCCCCCGCCGAACUGUUUGACUGGGACCCUCUGGCGCACCUCUGA